AUGCCUCGUCAGAGAACUCUUAGAUCAAUUUUCAUUGACAUGGUCGUGUUCGUUGGAAUGUUCGCACUACUGGGGCAUCUCUCUAUAAACUUUUGGGAGCGAUUUGUUAUCCAGAGCGAGCUUUCCAAUAUGAAGACCAGCUUACAUUCGUUAAAGGAAACAAUAAACAGAAUUGGCUACGCAUAUGAUAAUCUACAUCGAGAACUACUAGGUUUAGCUGAAAUCGCUGAAAAAAAACAAUCUAAGGAAUCUCCAGACCCUCCAGAAGCUCCUAUCGAACACAAACCAGAAACGCCACAAAGUAAGAAGAAACAGUGUAUAAAAGAACAUGAUAACAUUCCUGUAAAAGUAUUGAAAACAAAGAAAAACCACACAACAUUAACUACUCCCCUCCUUUUUGACAAAACAAACCAGUACAAUAUGCCGGAUAUGAAAAAGGAUAAAACAACACAAAAUUUAGUACAUGAGAAAAGUAGAUGUAGUGGUAAAAACAUUUCAACUUUGACGAGGUAUCCUAAAAAGUCCAUAGGAGUUGGUUUGGAUACCAACAAAUGUAAAAUUGUAUGCCCAAAUGAAGAAUACUGCAAGUAUAAAAAGUCUAGUAGCGAUGUACAUGAAUGUUGUAAAGAGUAUGAUUGUUAUAAUCCCAUUUAUAAUUGGAAAUUUUAA